GAUUCUUUGAAAAUAUCCGAAUCAAAAGAACGAACUGUUCAUUGGGCCUGUAGCAGCUUAUCAGAACCGAUAGUUCUUUUAUCUGCUCCUAAAGUUUUGACAUUUUCCUAAAAUCCUGACUGCACUCUGGACUGUUACUCACAAGGACGUCCGGCCUUCAUCACCUGUUGAAAGGCUGAAGUCUGCAGCAUGUCUCUGACAGUGUCUAAAGGUGAGGGUUUGACGGUCAUCAUCAUCCCCUCGGACCCCAAGAGCAAACAGCCUGUGCUGUUCCAGGUUUUGAGUUUUCUCUGCUGCAGUCCGGUGUGUUCUGUGUCUCAGAAUAUGAAAGAGAAGCUGAUGAGCAUCCACACUGCUCUUGGGACUAUGCAGAUAAUAGUUGGAGUCAUCAACAUUGUGUUUGGGAUUUUGCUUAAAGGCUCUUGGAUAUGGAAUAACAUUACAGAAUCUGGGAUUGUCUUCUGGUUCGGUGGAGUGGUCCUUGUAGUUGGAAUUGUGACUGUUCUUGCAGCUAGGUUCCCCAGUCCUGUCCUGCUGGUCAUCACAGUGAUUCUGAAUGUAGUCAGUGCUGCGCUGGCUAUUACAGCUGUUGUGCUGCAUUCAAUGGACCAGGGAACUGGAAAUGGUCUAUAUUGUGACACCAGUUAUUACUCGUCUUACUCUGAUAUAACACCUUCCCCUGAACAGACGAGGAUAAAUGAUAUCUGUAUGCAGUACAAGUAUCUCAAUAUGAUGAUCCUCCGAGGACUAGAUGUCAUGAUGAUAGCGCUGUCAGUCCUUCAGUUCUGUGUGAAUAUCAGUUUCUGUGUUGUGACUGGGAGAGCUUUGUGCAAGAAGGAUGAAGAUGUAAAGUCGGUGGAGGAUCCAGAACUUCACAAGCCGCUCCUGGAAGACGCCACUGCUGGUGCUGCAUGUUAAAGAAGAAAAAUAUAAAGCAACAAAUAUAUACAGUACAUGCAACACUGCUCAAUAUAGUUGUGAGAUGAUUUCCAAUAUUUUUUUAUGUAUGUAACACCCUCAGACUAUCCCAGAUGUAGAUGAGUUGGUAUAUUUAAGGGAACAGAUUUUUUAGCAUUGUAAAAAUGCAUCAUUACAUCAUUUACUCUCUAAUAGAUCCUCUGAGGUGAAUGGGUGCCGUCAGAAUGAGAAUCCAAACAUCUGAUAAAAACAUUGCAAUAAUCCCCAAAUAAUCCACACCACUCCAGUCCAUCAAUUAAUGUCUUGAGAAGUAAAAAGCUGCACGUUUGUGAUAAACAAAACCAACAAUAAGACGUUUUCACUUUAAACCAUUGCUUCUGGCCAAAAUACAUCUGCUCCCGUGAGGAAACAAACUCAUCUACAAAUUUUCAUUUUUGGGUGAACUAUUCCUUGCAGAAAAGUGCAUCCUAAGAACACAGUUCUACAAUUCAAACCUUAGAUUUAUAGUUCUGAGUUUGAAUGUAGUGAAAAUAUUUCUGUUAUUACUCAUUUUCAAGGAUAUUGAAAGUCUUUUGCUUACAUAAAGAUAUAAAACAUUUCAGAAUAACACUGACUUCACUAGUAUUAUCUUUUUGCACUAUUUCACCACCAGGUGGUGCUUUAUGCAAACCAUCUGCCUUAAAAGAUACUUAACUUUGCCAAAGCUACCAUUCAGAAUUUUGUGUCAUCCAAAGUAGGAAGAAGUUCCACAAUUACCACUCAAAUUAAAUAUUGAAAUUGAAAAGCUAUUUCACAACAUACAAUAUCUAAUUAUCUACAUAUGUGGUAAUUCUUUCCAUUUCUGUCUAGUUUUCUGUGGAGUUACCAUGUGUAUAUGUAAGCAUUCUUUGAUGGCUGGGCUUACAUUUAACUACAUUUCCUGUCACUACUGACACUGACAAGAUUGUUAUAAAAUAUAUUGUAUAAUCAGCACCUUAUAUAGCAUCAUAAAAUAAACUGGCAUUUCUUUUGCUAU